UAAAACACCCUGUGCAAUAAUUUCGAGAGAGAAUUUUCCUGAAGCAUUAUUUUUCUGUUAGUUUAUAGAAAAUUGUUGAAUAGUUGCUUAAAGAGAGACUAAACAAAAUAAACUGACUUGGUUUUACAUGAGAUUCAUGGAAGAAUUGCAUUGCAAGACUUGGUAUUUUUUUUGGAUGGGAUUUUGAGUUAAAUGCAGCUUUUUCGUAGUCUUACAUCAAAACGUCGCAUUUUAAAAACGUCUAUAAACGAACUGAGAAGUACUGGGAUAUUGGAGCUAAUUUUAGAACUAACUUGUUAUUACGUAAAGUAAUAAAAAUAGGUGGAAAGCCUCUAGCUAAGUUAUGUUUACUGGCAUUUGAAAAUGUACUCCGGCGGCUGGGUGGUAGAUCAAAAUGAAGAGGCUGUUGUUCAAUCGCAGAAGGCUAAAACCGACAGAAACCACUCUUUUAGCAAAAAACUCUGGUACGAAUUGUACAGCUCUAAGCCCAGCUCUAGUGGUUGUCAAGGUAUCGGAAACUCAUCUGUGGUGUUUAAGUGUUUAGGUUCCCCCCGUAGAUACAGGGGGGAAUCCCAUCAUAUAUCUGUAGUUUUUCCAGAACCCAGUGCGAGUGGUAGUCAAGCCAGGUUUAUCGACAUAGACGUAGAUGAAAAUUCGGAAAAUCAAGAAUAUUCUUCUUGGAAUGUAUUGCCUGACUUAUUGUUGGAAGAAAUAUUCUCCUACCUGUCAAUCAGGGAAAGGUACUACGCCAGCUUAGUGUGUAGGAGUUGGUACAGAGCAUUUCAUCUACCUUACGUUUGGAAACAGUUUAUUUUGGAAGACAGUACUCUUACAAGGAGCAAAUUCAAUUACUACCUUGGAUGGCAGUACGUCCUAGACCACCUGAGAACCUCCCUGUGCCUCUCCAGUAUAGGCAAACACAUAAAAACCCUAAUAAUCAAACCAAUGUUCAGUUUUACCAACCUCUACGACUUUGUCAACAUCCUAUCUUGGUACACCGAGCAACAAGAACAAAAAGACAACAUUGUACUGGGAAUAGGUGGCAACGUGCGCCACCUCAAGUUCACGUUCCCUUGCAACAUGACCACUGAAGAAGAUGACGAAAGAAUCAGGCUUUUUGGCACAGGCGGCAAACUAUUGGCUGCACUGAAGAGACUGAUGGGUAACUUGAAGAAAAUGGAGUCACUAGAGUUGGUGGAUUUGAUGUUGGAACCUAACGAGGCUCAGUUUUUGUUGGACGAAGUAUGUCAAAUGUGUCAGAUGAGUAUGAAGAAACUGAGGCUGGUUAAUACGACGAAAGUACCGUAUCAGAUACUUCAUGUUGGUGUAUUUUUGAACCUUUUUGAACUGCAUAUUAGUCCACAAAAUAUCGGCAACGACUUGGCAGAAAUGCUGGGAUUCACACACUUGAAACAUCUACAUCUAGUCCAGAACCGAUACACCAUAGAUGAGGGUUUUAUCAAGCCGGUAUGUCAAAGGAUUUGGAAGAAAGUCAGGACUACCAAUCCACGACUCAACGUACAUCUGGAGGUGGAAAGCAAGAAGUACAGAUCUGUGGUAUGGCAAGAAGGGGCACCUGUCAGGAGUAUUGUUUAUAAUUCACCAUUGAUUGGGGUUAAAGCAGACAUACUUCUCAACACAAUAGACGUUUUUAGAGAAGAUCUACGAAUAUAUGGACAUUUAAAUGUACCAGAGUUUGAAGUUUCAAAACUGUUUGAUUCUAGGAACGAUGAAAGUUAUUUUAUGUUGGUCAGAACUUGUACUUAUCUCUCAACCCUGAUAAUAACUGAAAGAAUUUCAACAUCGACAGUUCUACUGUUGGCGUAUACAGGGCGAAAUCUAAAAUGGUUCCACGUAAGAGGCACCGACGUGAUCGAGCAAUGCGAUUGGCCCAAAGGUGUCGAAUGGACUGAUGACUUCUACGCAUGGCUUGAACUGAACAGUCAGUCCUACGAAUCAGUAGAGAAAGAAAUCUCACAAAUCCUAGGUUACAGGUGGAAAUUUUUGUCUGACGACGAGUUUCUCAACUUAGAGGUGGACCUACACGAUUAUUGAGAGUGGAAAAUUGCCCUAAAGGUUCUCAAAUACGUCGAAAUUUUGACAUAUAUAUCGUCUGUAUUUAUUCUCAUGUGAAAUGACAAUACAGGAUGUAUAAUAUUUCAUUAAUUUGACAAGCUUCGCAUUGUUGAAGCAUUUUAAAGGCUAAAUUUAGUCCUUUAUAUAGAGAAAUAACUAAUAGUUUACUUAAAAAAGACAUAAAACGCUUGAAUAUAAAAAAAUGAACGGUAAAUGUGUCUUUUAAGGCUAUAAAAUGAUCUUGAAACCCAAAAUGACUCUUCGGGUGUCUUCGGCAACGCGACAUUGACAAAUAAUAACACUAUAAUUUGUAAAUCUCACGGUAACGAAGACACCCGAAUGGUACGAUCAUUUCACGAACCUAAAACACACGAUUACCACAGGAAUGAUUACCUCCCUAAACGUCAAACAUAUAUCAACAAUACCUACUAUAAAUACAACGCGAGAUAAACGAUGUUGCUAAACUAAUAACUCACUAAAAAACUGAUUAAAAAUUAUGCAGUUAAUAGUUAUUUCAAUUUUUUUGUCGUAUAAACUUAACUACAUAAUUUGAAUUUUAGAUAUUAUUAUUCUUUUUAACAUUUCCUUAAAAUAGGGCUACAAUACUCUUCAAAACAAAGAGUUCUUAGACAGAAUUGGCAACGCUGUAUUGGAUGUUUGCACGGAAUAAAAAUGUGAACAGAGUUCCUCUAUGCUUGUAUCAAGUCCUCUAAUUAUGAGAGAGUGUAUAAUAAUGAACAUUUUUGACAGUAAAACUGUCAAAAAAAAGAAUGACGUACGGGGGUGUAUUGAAAUGGACUUUAUCAAAGUAUGAUGAGACUGAUAUUAAGAAAGUUAAUAAUUAUUAAAUAUAGUUAUUAUAAUUAUAUUAUUAUUUUUAUUUUUUACAAUAA